GCGCCUUGAAUGGUUCGUUUGCUGUUUUACAAUUUUAUCGAAUUUGUUAUUGUUUAGUCAGUGUUAUUACAAAUAAUACUUCAAAAUGAAGAUUGAAGAGGUUAAAAGUACAGCAAAAACGCAGAGAAUAUCAGCGCACACCCACAUUAAAGGACUGGGCUUAGACGAAAAUGGGGUUCCAAUUCAAAUGGCAGCCGGUCUCGUGGGGCAAGAAAACGCCAGAGAGGCUGCAGGAGUGGUCGUGGACAUGAUCAGGAGCAAGAAAAUGGCCGGGCGCGCGCUUCUCCUGGCUGGGCCACCAGGUACAGGAAAGACUGCCAUUGCCUUAGCCAUAGCACAGGAACUUGGAAACAAAGUGCCAUUCUGCCCCAUGGUCGGUAGUGAAGUGUACAGCACAGAGAUCAAGAAAACAGAGGUGUUGAUGGAGAACUUUCGACGCGCCAUUGGUCUGCGUAUCCGGGAGACCAAAGAAGUGUAUGAGGGGGAGGUGACUGAGUUCACUCCAGUGGAAACAGAGAACCCAGCGGGAGGAUAUGGAAAAACAGUUUCUCAUGUUAUCAUUGGACUGAAGACAGCUAAAGGCACAAAGCAGCUGAAACUCGACCCCACCAUCUAUGAGUCUCUGCAGAAAGAAAAGGUGGAAGUUGGUGAUGUCAUCUACAUUGAAGCUAAUUCUGGAGCUGUGAAGAGGCAGGGAAGGAGUGACACAUUUGCCACUGAGUUUGACCUUGAGGCGGAGGAAUAUGUGCCGCUGCCCAAAGGUGAUGUUCAUAAGAAAAAGGAAGUGGUACAAGACGUGACCCUUCACGACCUGGACUGCGCCAACGCGCGUCCGCAGGGCGGCCACGAUAUCAUGUCCAUGAUGGGGCAACUCAUGAAGCCCAAGAAGACUGAGAUCACUGAUAAACUAAGGAAAGAGAUCAACAAAGUAGUCAACAAAUACAUAGACCAAGGAAUUGCUGAAUUGGUGCCUGGAGUUCUAUUCAUUGAUGAGGUGCACAUGUUAGAUAUUGAAACAUUCACUUACCUGCAUCGAGCGUUGGAGUCUGCUAUCGCGCCUAUCGUUAUCUUCGCCACCAACAGAGGGCGCUGUUUAAUAAGGGGAACUGAGGAUAUUAUUUCGCCGCACGGCAUUCCCUUGGACCUGCUGGACAGGUUGCUGAUCAUUCGCACGCUGCCCUAUAACAAGUCUGAGCUCUUACAGAUUUUGAAGCUGCGAGCGACUACGGAGGGUAUCGCUAUUGAAGACGAUGCGUUGGCCGCGCUCGCUGACGUCGGUGCUAACAGUACGCUUAGAUACGCGGCGCAGCUGCUGACGCCCGCGGCGCUGGCGGCGCGCGCGGACGGCUGCGCGCGCAUCUCGCCGGCGCACGUGGCGGCCGUGCACGCGCUCUUCCUCGACGCCAAGUCCUCCGCGCGCAUCCUCACGCUGCACGGCGACAAGUACAUGAAGUAGAUACCUUACACUCAAACCCCUUAUUCAUAAACGUUCCCUAAACUUAUCGAGCCGAUAAAGUUCGUUUGUCCCUUUCUAUCACAUCUAGACGUCGGAAAGGGACAAACGAACUUUACCGGCUCGAUAACUUUAGUGAACGUUUAUGAAUAAGGGGGUAACUGAAUGAGCGACGUGGGAGUAUCCGCCGUAUGACAAGUAGGUAUUUGAAGUAAAUAAGGUCAAAGGGCUCGGAACCGGUAUUUUUUACCCAAAAUAGACCAAUUGUAUUGGUUUUAUAAUUAUUUUGUUAUUGAGUAUGAAUCUGACCGAAUUCCGACCUCUGAACCGUUCAAAUUUUCAAGCUAGGGGUAGUAGGCUGGCCGUGUCAAAUAGUUGCAUUAUGCAACGUGGGCGGAAGUUAAAUAUAGCAAACGAGAGUAGUUAAAUAGCGACGGCUUGCCAGAGCGAUUUAAAGACUCGAAUUUGCAAUAUUCUUAUGCCAACACCUUCAAUGAGGAGGCACACUCAAAGGUUAUGACAGAUGGCGCCACCCUAUUAGUCCAUUGCAGAGAUAAAGAAUUUCAUACGUGAGAGCGAGAUGAUGAUGUUUUUUCUCUCUCUCUCACAUAUGAAUAACAGUGACAUGCCUAGACACUUGCACAGGCGCCGCCUGGCGGGAUAAAUUGUCAGUGUGCCUCCUCAGUGAAAUGCCACAGUAGUCGUACUGAUAAGUUGAUAAAUUAAAGCAACUUUUUGUAAUGUACCUAAAUCCAUGUGUGUAAAAUGAAUGUUUUGCAAGCGGAGCCUCAUUUGACCUGUUCCUGUAAAUAUUAUGUUUUUUCGGCACUUAACACGGUCCCUGUUCAAGUGAUCAGUGACAGGUCAGCGAACGUGUUAAGAUAUUAGUCUCCUUUUGACGGGCAGUCAAUUUUCAUUUAAUGUUACAUUCUACUUAUGUGAUAUUGGUAGCAUUAUUGUAUGUAUGAUUAUAAUUUUUCGUUUUACAGUGAAAGCAGUUAUUUAGUUAUAUGAAUGAAGUGCUUUCAGUUCUCUUUACAAAUAUUGUUUUUGUUAUUAGGUAUAAUACAAGACAUUGAAGUAAAACAAAUGAUAAUAAAUAAGAAUUUUAAUUAAGUAAA